UUUGUGCAACUUGGAUCGAGUUAAGUUAUAAUUCCUUGGGUGGGGCCCAGCUUCAAGUGUGCCACUUCCCUUGGAGCUAAUGUAAGAGAGCAGCCUUCAGAUGUUAAUACACGUUACUGCUGAGUGCGGCCUUUUUUGAAGGAGGGCAUGGCUGUACACUUGGCUGGAGAACAUGGAAUACAUGCUUUUUUUAUCUGGGCCCACAGAAGGGCUUCUGGUUGGGGGAAACUGCAGAGCAAACAAGUUGUUGCAAUUACAAAGGCAAUCCAUGCAGCAAAUCUUUUGACAAAAAUGCAAAUUAUUUUUCUUCAGCCAGAUGGGACACCCUGGUGGAGGAAUGGGAGGUUGUAUGACGCCUGGCAGUUGAAAACCACCUGGGGUGUAAUGGCUGCAGCAAGGGACACACGUCCAGGACCAUUUUAAGGAACUUGAAUGCAACGUGUAAUGAGAAGUCAAAUGUCUACCUGUCUGUUUACCUAUCGAUGUAUCCACAUAUCUUUCUGUGUCUAUACAUUGUAGGCUAAAUCUUGCACAUUAGCCACCAUUAACUGUACACCAGCGCCCUCAAGUGGAAAGACAAUGCAUUGCUCCCACUCUUGAUUAUUAGCCCUUGAUAACUAUAACUAAAUACAUUAUAGUGGAAACUAAAGUCAGUAUUCUACAACUGUUUGAAUAUGUAUUAAUCUGUACACACACGCUGUAAAAAUUCAAUAUUUUUUAAUUGUAAUUUGUGUCCACACUGUGAGAAUCUACCUGCAAGUAACAUUACCUGCAGAGUUGUCAUUAAACAUAUUAAGGAUAAUUGACAGUAAUAGCUUAACGAUGCGCGUGCAUUGGAUACGUGCGCGUAACGCCUAACGUUACUUCCGGAAACAAAGCGCACAGCGCAUGCGCGCAAAUUGAAUAAGUGGCGGCGAAAACUUUCAUUUUUCAACCCGACCGCUUCGGAGGCCGUUUUUUUAUCGCGUACGGAGAGUUGAAGUCUGACCUGGAAGAUGGUCGAGGGUCCGGGGUGCACGUUGAACGGAGAGAAGAUCCGCUCCAAAGUCCAGAAGGGGCAGAAAUGGAAGGAGAGCAGAGGCAGUUUGACCGCGUCCACCAAAAACGGCCCGCAGCGGAACGCCUUCCACGGCUUCGUCGGGUGUCCGUACACCGGAGUGGAAACGGUGGGCAAGGAGCUCUUCAUGUACUUCGGUGCCAGAUCGUUGAGAGUCCACUUCGGGAUGAAUGGAUCGAUGCGUAUAAACCCCGCUGAGAGGAAGGAGAGGACCGGCUGCGCACCGGUGCUGCAAAUCCACCUGACUAACGACACCGUGUGCUUCUUUGACAGCGCGGUGGAAAUAAGGUCGACGGAGGACUGCGAGCAGAGGGUGAGGGCCCUGGAGGGUCUGGACGUGUGCUCCUCCAAGUUCAGCUUCCCGCGCUCGGUGGCGGCGGUGAGGAGCCGCGGCGGCGGGAUGCUGUGCGACGUUCUCCUCGACCAGGCCGUCAUGCCGGGAGUCGGCAACAUCAUUAAAAACGAGGCCCUGUUCGACUCGGGCCUCCACCCGGCCGUGAAGGUCGAGCAGCUGUCGGACGAGCAGCUCCACCACCUGGUGAAGAUGACGCGGGAUUUCACUCUCCUGUUCUACAAGUGUCGCAAAUCUGGCUCUCCUCUCUACAAACAUUACAAAGUCUACAAGCGUCCCCGGUGCGGCCAGUGCUCCGGCGUCAUCACAGUCUGUCGUCUUGGAGACAACGGCAGGAUGACUUACUUCUGCGGGAGCUGUCAGAAGGGAGAUCCCAGCGGGGUCCAAGUCAGCAAGCUCCCGGGCAGGAACAGUCUGAUCAGCUGGGCCUGCAGCGAGCCGACCAAUGGCAGCGCGGCUAAGGAGGAAGAGGAGGAGGAGGAGGAGGGCUGGGCCUGUCAGCUCUGCACGCUCAUCAACCAGCCGGCGGCCAGGGCCUGCGACGCCUGCUUCACUGCGAGGGCCGAGGCUCACAAAGAUGACAUUAACCCGGAGGCGUCGCCCUUCACCCCCGCUCUGAUUAAACACCCCUGCACUGCCUUCAGGAAGCCACAGGAGGAGCUCAAAGUCAACUGGAGGUCUGCGCUCGGGACUUCCACCCUGGUUUUCACCGACAUGAGCGAGCGACCAAAGCCUGUAAACUCGCCGCUCUCCCCAGCCGGCAGUCAUUUGAAUUCCUUGGCGGCAGAGCGAGGUUUAUAUAAAUACGGCAUCUGCCGGGGGACAGCGAGCCCCAAUUAUGCCUCUGGUGGCUGGCAGAGGCAAAGUGCCGAGCCCUCCGGUGGGGAAUCGCUGGCCUCCUACAGUCACCCAUCCAAGAAAAUGAGAAUUGAUCACAGCCCCUUUCCCGGUAACAAUGCUCCAAACGCAGCCCCCGACUCACGCCGCCGGCCCCCCUUCGUCUCUUCCGGUGCCCCUUGUUGUGCGUCCCAUCGCCGGCCAGCCGUCCUCCGCACGGUCCACAAGGACGGGGACAACAAGGGACGCCAGUUCUACACCUGCUCGCUUCCCAGGGAAACCAAGUGCAACUUCUUCGAGUGGGCGGACUUGCACUUCCCUCUCUGUCACCACUGGAAACGCUGUUUAAUGCGGACGGUUCUGAAACUGGGACCCAACAACGGGCGAAACUUCUACGUCUGCAGCCUUCCGAAGGGCAAACAGUGUGACUUGUUCCAGUGGGCAGAGAGCUCCACGCUCCCUGGAUGUUAGUGGGUUUUUACUCAACUGUUAUCAAUUAAAUGGAGAAUAUCGAUUAAACCUUUUAGAUAUAUGCCCAACUGCUUGUUUAUUACAAAAUGCUCCGUUGUAUUUGUCUUUCAAAAAGGUCUCCGGAGACUGAUUAAUAACUAUAGAAAAAAAAAGCAGAACUAAUUAAAAUGCCCUGGGACAUUAAUUUCAAAAUUGCAUUAUAUUUUUCAAUAAAAACAAGUCCAAAAAUACA